AUGACAUCCUUGUGGAUGAAAGCAUCGCGACUGCAGCGGCUGUGGAGUCACCUGAGGCGCCACGGCCUGGUGUGCAAACCACCUGAGCAUGUGCAUGAUGGAACUCGAGUGCUGGACGACGAGAUCACUGACCCCGGCUUGCUUGCGAUGCUCACAGAGAUCCUUGGACAUGUAAAGAAGUCUGACCCGGCCCGAGGACGAUGGGACGUGAUAGGAGAUGAAGCAACCUUGUGGGCGGACGCGAGCGCUCUUGCACUGGGAGCAGUGUUAGAAGUGAAUGGCGAAGUGAUUGAAGAUGCGUGUUGGCUACGCUGCAACGAGUGCUCGCACAUAAACCUUGCGGAGCUGGAUGUUGCUAUCAGAGGCCUAAAUCUCGCCGUUUCCUGGAACAUGAAAAAACUGGCUCUCAUGACAGAUUCCCGAACAGUGUUCCAUUGGCUUCAAGACACUUUGUCAGGAAAGGCACGUUUGAAGACCAAAGCCUCAUUCAAAGCAGUCACCGAAGAGUUCAACCUGCGCCAUGAAGUCAAGUUUGUGUCUUCAAUCAAGAAUAGAGCAGAUGAGUUGACACUAGUGCCAAAGAAGUGGAUGUCUUUGGCAAAUGACUACGUAUUGUGCACAGCUGUCGCCGCUGUGUCUGACCAGGACAUCGCUACCAUCCAUGAAACUAGUGGACAUCCAAGAAUCAGGCGCACACUGUUCUUCUGCAGGAGACUCCACCCUGAUGUUCAGCGUGAGCAAGUGCGCAAUGUUGUUCAGCAUUGUCGGGAAUGCCAAUCAAUCGAUCCUGCGCCAACGAAGUGGCGGAAAGGGGAGUUAGGGAUCACCAAUAUCUGGAACAGAGUCAGCAUGGACAUUUGCCACGCUCGCAACCAACACUACCAGACACUAAUCGGCUGCGAACCAAGGUGUUACGCCAUCUGGAGAAGACUCAGACGUCAGGACGCGAUUUGUGUCAUCGAGCAUCUGGAAUCGGUGUUUUAUGAGCGUGGAGCACUCCAAGAGUUGCUGACCAACAACGCUGCCAGCUUCCGUAUCUCAGUGUUCCACGAUUUUGCAAGUCGCUGGGGCAUGGCCGUCAGGUACCGGUGCACCAACGUUCCAUCGGGUGACCGUGUGUGGAUUCGUCACCCAAGUAGGCGAUGCAACUCUCGAAGCUUGAAGGGUAUGGUGACCCGGAUUGUGUCGGCCCAGAAUGUCACCAUAAUACCAUCCCCAAAAACACCAAUGGCGCCACAACACCGCCACAACCCAAACCAUAAAAUGGCUGCUUCUCAGCCCCGACCUACCCCUCAGCGUUAUAUCACCGACACCAUUCACCAACCGAAUUUCAGCGGACAAGAGCUCUUGGUACCACAAAGGACUCAACAACCUGAUCCUGGAUAUUAG